CAUGGAGGCAGAGAGAGAGAACACUGCUGUUUCUGCAUCUUCUCUUCUCCUGCUUUCCUGACUUUUCCUCUCUCUCUCUCUCUCUUUCUCUCUCACCUCCAAAUCACCCCUUUGUAGUUUCUGCAUCUGCCGUUGUUGCAGCUCAGAGUUUUCUUUUUCUUCUUUCCAUAAUGGGUAAAGAAAGGGAAAAAGAAAGAGGAGACAAGAAGAUGUUUGUUGGAGUUGUAAUGAAUUGCGCUGCAGAGCUUAAGCUUCUUCUAGGAGCUCUUUUAAUUCUUUGCAGUCUAGCUACUCUUCUACAGUUUCUUCCUUCUCGUUUUUCUAUCUCCACCUCUGAUCUCCGCUUCUGUAUCUCCAGAAUCACCACCACCACCACUACUACUACCACCACCACCACCUCCUCCUCCAUCGCUCACCCUGAAACGCCACUAAAUUCCUCUCUUGCUACUCCUCCUAACCCACUACCCUCCCCUGCUCAAACAGGCGAACAAGUUCUUGACAAUGGGAUUAUUAAGAGGGCCUUUAAUCCUUAUGGUGCUGCAGCUUAUAACUUCAUCACCAUGGGUACUUACAGAGGUGGACUCAAUACUUUUGCUAUUAUAGGCUUGUCUUCAAAACCCCUUCACCUUUAUGCAAAACCCACCUACCAAUGCGAGUGGGUUCCGCAACACUCUUCUUCAGGCAACUCCUCGGCCGUCCCCAUCACCGCCGCUGCUUAUAAGAUCCUUCCUGACUGGGGAUACGGCCGUGUUUACACUGUUGUCGUUGUGAAUUGCACGUUUUCUCAACCUGUCAACUCUAACAAUUCAGGUGGGAAAUUGUUCCUGCACGCCUCCACAUCAGGCGGUGGUGACAGAAACUUCAAUAUUACCGACAGAUUUGAGGUUCUUCAAGAACAAGCAGGGAGUUUAAACUUGAGUUUAUUCACAUCGAAACCCAAAUACGAUUAUUUGUAUUGCGGGUCUUCUCUGUAUGGUGGGUUGAGUCCGCAGAGAGUCAGGGAAUGGAUUGCUUAUCAUGUGAGGUUUUUCGGUGAGAGAUCCCAUUUUGUGAUACACGAUGCAGGUGGGGUGCAUGAGGAGGUGAUGGAGGUUUUGAAGCCAUGGAUGGAUUUGGGGUAUGUGACAUUGCAGGACAUAAGAGAGCAAGAGAGAUUUGAUGGGUAUUACCAUAACCAGUUUAUGGUGGUUAAUGACUGCUUGCAUAGAUACAAGUUUAUGACAAAGUGGAUGUUCUUCUUUGAUGUUGAUGAGUACAUUUAUGUCCCUCCAAAGAACACCAUCAAGUCUGUGUUGGAUUCUCUCUCCGAUUAUAACCAAUUCACUAUUGAGCAGAUGCCCAUGAGCAACAAGCUCUGCCUUUCGGCUGAUUAUGGUAGAUACUACAGGAAAUGGGGGCUUGAGAAGCUGGUCUAUAGAGAUAUCAAGAAAGGUAUAAGAAGGGACCGCAAAUACGCGAUCCAACCAAAGAAUGUUUUCGCAACUGGUGUGCAUAUGUCCCAGAACCUAGCUGGGAAGACUACACACAAGACAGAAGGCAUCAUCAAAUAUUUCCAUUACCAUGGAACUAUAGCACAAAGGCGAGAACCCUGUCGGAACCUACUCAACGUGACAGAGAUAAACUUCGAAAACAACCCUUAUGUUCUGGAUACCACAAUGAGAGAUAUUGCUUGGUCUGUGAAGAAAUUUGAGCAGAGAAUGAUCGGCGCAAGGUUACAAAAUACUCGGCAAUGACAGAAUAUAUAUGAAUAUGUUUGUUCUUUGAUUUCUUUAUAGGAUUCUCCUUUCCCUUUUCUUUCUUCUUCUUUGUUAUUUACUUUCAUCUUUGAGUAGAAUAGAAAAUAUGCAGCAGGGGGAUGGGAUGGGAUGGGAUGGGAUGGGAUGGGAUGGGAUGGGGGGUUUCUUUUUAUGAUUCUAUUGUAUGAUAAUGCUUCUUUUGUUGAUGAAUGGGGUAUAGAGAAACAGUAUAUAUAUAUAUAUAAUAUGGAAGGCGUUGGAUUCUUUUUUGUAUAUGUAAUUUUCAAUUUUUGUUGUUUAUUUGUGAAGGGCAUCAAAAUUUGGUUGAUUGCUUGUCGGUGAGGGGGAGGGACCUACCAGUGUCACCACCAAUAGGAGGUGGAAAAUGUGGUUGGCUUUGCUGGCUGCUGGUUGGCUGCACUUUUUUGGUUUUACCCUAAUUAUCAUGUCCAUACGGGUUUAUUGUUAAAGUUUUUUCCUUGGAUUGAGCUAAAGUAACAUGUGAUACUUGUUUUUGGGUAGUCACAGACUCUGAUCUUUUUGACAAGUCAAGAAGGAAAAUAAAAAGAAAAAAAAAAUUUUCAUUUUUC